AUGCACUGCAUCUUUGACUGCAUAGCUGAAAUAAUUAUACUUAACCCUAGUGUCCACUGGUCAUAUUUUUCAGCUCGGUCAAAAAGCCUUGUUAUGGGGGAUCAGAGUGGCAGUUGCAGUAGAGCCACCUCCCCAGCACUGCAGGAGCGAGUGCUGAAGGCAGGGUGGCUGAAGAAGCAGACGGGCAUUAUGAAGAACUGGCAACAACGAUGGUUUGUACUCCGAGGAGAACAGCUCCAUUACUAUAAGGAUGCAGAAGAAACCAAGCCUCAGGAGGCUCCCCCUCUAACAAAGCCAAAAGAAUCUCACCCAAAAAGGAGUAUUCCUGUACCUACUGCCCAAGGGUUCCCACCUGGGAGUGAACUAUCUCAUUCUAAGGUUAUUACCUGGAAACUUGUUUCGAUAUCCAAAUAUCAUUAG